AUGAGGGAUCCCACCGCAGAUAUGGAGCCAAACCCCCAGCAACCAGCGACAAACGGGUCGACCGAACCCCGCCGCAACACCAAAUCGGUUCGAGUCGCAUUUGGUCCUGACCUGGAAACGACUAUUCCCACACGCGAGCGAUCUCCAGCUCCACUUUCUAGUCAUCAUCGCUCGUUUACAACUUUCGAGCAGACGCAGCCUUCGAUCACGCCCCCCGCUCGUCCCACGAGCUCAGCCGGAGAGGAUGCAGCCAUCGGACCAGACUCACCACCGCGACGACCAUCACCUCGAAGGUCUGAGAGCAGUCGGCCAGGUAUGCUCAAGCGAGCCAAGAGUGAUUAUGGGCCGAGCCGCGUCACCUUCGACAAAGCUGCCCUGGGAGACGACGAAGAAGAUUUCGCGAUGCGGCAUGGAUGGCAGGAAGAGUACACGUCCAGCGAAUACCUGAAGAUUCUACACUCUAAUUUCUACAUGUAUUUCACCGAGAAACGCCAUGAGACGAACGGCAUUCCCAGAGAUCCCGUUGGCAGUUGGCCAAGCCAAGACUGGCGCAUGAAAGACCGUCUCAAAACAGUGUCCGCGGCACUAGCAAUCUGUCUGAACAUCGGCGUCGACCCUCCCGAUGUCGUUAAGACCAAUCCGACAUCGAAGCUCGAAUGCUGGGUGGAUCCCACUUCAACCACAGGCGGUGGUCAAAACAAGAUCAUGGAGCAGAUCGGUAAGAAGCUGCAGGAACAAUACGAGACUCUGAGUCUUCGCACAAGAUAUAAGCAGUACCUCGAUCCUUCCGUGGACGAAACCAAGAAGUUCUGUAUCUCGCUCCGCCGGAAUGCCAAGGAUGAGCGGGUCCUCUUGCAUUACAACGGCCAUGGGGUCCCAUUGCCAACCCAGUCUGGUGAGAUUUGGGUCUUCAACAAGAAUUACACCCAGUACAUCCCCGUGCCACUCUAUGAUCUGCAAUCAUGGCUGGCUGGUCCCAGUCUUUUCGUCUUUGAUGUAUCACAUGCCGGAAACAUCGUCCAGAAUUUCCAUACGUUUGUGGAAAAGCAUGAGAAGGAGAACAUCGAGGCCAAGAAAAGAGAUCCCAAUGCCGUCGUUCAAAACUACGGUGACUGCAUCCUCCUCGCAGCCUGUCAGAAACACGAGUCCCUCCCAACAAACCCUGAUCUACCGGCCGAUCUUUUCACUUGCUGCUUGACAACCCCCAUUGAGAUUGCUUUGCGUUUCUUCAUUUUGCAGAACCCUCUCCGCACCGACAUCUCAAUUGAUGAUUUUCGAGUCCCAGGUCGUCUGCAGGAUCGGCGGAGCCCUCUUGGGGAACUAAACUGGAUUUUCACCGCGAUCACUGACACGAUUGCAUGGAAUACCUUACCCCGCGCAUUGUUCAAGAAACUUUUCCGGCAAGAUCUAAUGGUGGCCGCUCUCUUCCGCAAUUUCUUGCUCAGCGAGCGCAUCAUGCGCACGUACAAGUGCCAUCCUAUCUCUUCACCAGAACUUCCCGAAACUCACCAUCAUCCCCUCUGGAAGAGCUGGGAUCUUGCCGUUGAGAUGGUACUAGCACAGCUACCAGCUUUGAUUGAUCAAGAAGAAGGCCGCCGGCAGUACGAGUACCAGCACUCCACGUUCUUUGCUGAGCAACUCACCGCGUUUGAGGUGUAUCUUUCAUCUGGCCCCACGGAGAAGAAUCCACCCGAUCAAUUGCCCAUCGUGCUUCAAGUCCUCCUCAGUCAGGCACAUCGACUACGUGCCCUGAUCCUUCUGAGCAAAUUUUUGGACUUGGGCCCAUGGGCUGUCCACUUGGCGCUAAGCAUUGGUAUUUUCCCUUACGUGGUCAAGCUGCUUCAGUCAGCUGCCCAAGAACUGAAACCAGUAAUGGUUUUCAUAUGGGCACGAAUCAUGGCAGUCGACCACACGGUCCAGAACGAUCUUCUGAAAGACAACGGCAUUCAUUAUUUCAUAUCCAUUCUUAACCCCUCUUCCCCCAUCCCAGUCGGAAAUGCCAGUGAGCACAGAGCGAUGUGCGCAUUCAUCGUCUCCAUCUUCUGCAAGAAUUACCCCCAGGGUCAGAACGUCUGCCUUUCCGGGGAACUAUUUGACUCGUGCCUGCGACAUCUUGGAGAUGUUGAAAACCCGCUGCUGCGGCAAUGGUCCUGUCUGUGCCUGAGCAUGCUUUGGUGUGAUUUCCCGGAAGCCAAAUGGAUGGGCAUCCGGUGUGCAGCUCCCGCUAGACUUUGUGAGCUGAACUUUGAUCCUGUUCCCGAGGUUCGCGCAGCAAUGUUGCAUGCUGUGACUACGUUCCUUGGCAUCCCCGACUUAACAGAUCAAGUUGCACAGAUCGAGGAAACAUUAGCCUUGGCUGUUCUGCCCAUGGCAGCCGAUGGUAGCGUGCUUGUAAGAAAGGAGCUUCUUGUCUUCCUUUCCACCUUCGUCAAGCGCCACCAGAAUAAGUUCCUUGUCACAGCGUAUGAGGAACUUCAAGAUGAGAAACUGUCUUUACUCCAACGCCUCCAGAACGAAGCAUCUCCCAACAGCCAACUUGAGGUUCCGAAAGGCUUUGCGGGUUCUGGUGCAAAAUCGCACCCGCCGCUUUCCCGUAAUACUACAUUCGGAGCUAUCUGGAAACAAGUCUUGAUUUUCUCUGUUGAUCCACACCCUGACAUCGCCCAGGACGCCGGAGUCAUUGUUGAUUACAUCCAUCUCAUCCUCUUCGAAUCCCCCAUGGCCAGCCUCGCUGACAGAAUGAAGAACGAGAUCUUGGAACUCACCAGUCGGAUUUCACAGAGGUUACAGGUGCAUGAGCGAUCAGAAGCAAAGAAAAUGGCGCCUCCUUCAACGCCACCAUCAUCUAACGCAAUACCGUCCAAGCAAGAAGGUUAUCUCUCUCUAGGUUUCAAGCGCACAGCGAGUGUGGCUGCCUCUCUCAGGAACCUGGCGUUCGGUGGCGCAAGCGCUGGCGACGGAACAUUCGACAGCACUGCUCCCCCCUCGCCAUCAAAGAGUCGAAUGCCCAUCACCCCGCGUGGCCGCGCUCCCCCUGAAUGGACUCGACCUCCCGAAGUAAAUGACCACGUCGCCCCCGCAACUUCGUAUAACCAGGCCCCUACCCCUACAUCUCGCGGAUUCAGAUCUCGGAGCCCAGAGGCGGUGCCUAUCAUUCCCUUGAAAAGCAGAUUCCUGGACUGGUCAACAGAGGUAUUUUUGGACUUUCUUUCAGACAUCACUGUCAACACCCUCGACACACUGUACAAACAUUUACUCACCCCUAAAAAGUAUUUCCGGGAGCCGCAGAUGAAACCCAACGAGCCUGACGAGCCCGGUAGUUCGGACUACAACGAACGACUCUGGCGACGAAGCCGCAACGAAAAGAUCAUCGCGGAAACCCAGCCUCUUAAAGGGAAGGCCGGAACCAGUCGAUGGGAUAAUUCAAUGGCACUGUUGUCCAAUAAUAGCCAGCCGUUGAAGAUGUGCUUCCAUCAAUUCGAGGAUCACAUCGCUGUCGCGGACGACCGAGAUACCAUUGCCAUCUGGGAUUGGCAAAGCAACAGGCGUCUAAAUCAAUUCUCAAAUGAAAACCCCGUGGGAUCCAAGAUUAACGAAGUGCGAUACAUCAAUGAGGAUGACCAAGCUCUUCUGUUAACCGGAUCUUCCGAUGGUGUCUUGAAGCUUUUCCGCAACUAUGAAUCUUGCAGGGAUAUUGAGGUAGUCACAGCUUUCCGGGCCUUGCCUGAACUUAUUCCUAGCAACCGAAAUGCAGGUCUUGUGCUCGACUGGCAGCAGGGCCAAGGCAAAGCUCUAGUUGCUGGGGACGUGAAGGUGAUUCGGGUGUGGAAUGCAGCUACCGAGGUUUGCACCAACGAUAUCCCUGCGCGUUCAGGGUCAUGUAUCACAUCCUUGACUUCAGAUCAAGUUGCUGGCAACAUCUUCGUCGCUGGUUUCGGUGAUGGUGCCGUUCGUGUCUUCGAUCAGCGACUUAAGCCCACAACUUCCAUGGUCAAGGUCUGGCGUGAGCACAAGCAGUGGAUCAGCAACGUUCAUAUGCAGCGUGGUGGCUUGAGAGAGCUCGUUUCGGGUAGCCGCAAUGGCGAAAUUCGACUAUGGGAUCUACGGAUGGAUAGCCCGCUAUCGACCAUCUACGCCACUAAAGAUACCCUCCGGACAUUGAGCGUACACGAGCACGCUCCGGUCUUUAGCAUGGGUACCAACCGCCACGAAGUCAAGACCUUCAAUGUUGACGGCACCUACCUUUCGACCUUCGAGCCGUACUCCAGUUUCCUCCACCACAACCGGUCUUCCCCCAUCGCCAGCACCGCCUUCCAUCCUCACCGCACUAUGCUAGCUUGUGCCGCACUGAACGAUCACCACAUCAAUAUUGUGUCCUGCUAG